AAAAAAAAAAAAAAACAAGAGAACUGCGCCUCACAGGAGCAGAGGACAGAAAAACAAACCCACUACUGAUCACUGCUUAAUUAAUAACACGUUAACGCUGACACUGACAGUAACUCACCGCUUGCAACGAGCUACAAGAAAGUCAAGGAAAGAAUUUUAAAAAUUGCCAUUCGAGUGGUGGUGAUGGUAGAACACACCUGAACGCGUAAGUCCAGCUGGAGCCCAGCACAGUUCAACACCUUCUCUUGCAGCUGAAACUUGCAGGAUGGCUCAGUAUCACAGUUUGUCUGUCCUGUUGUUCGCGUGGAGCUAUUUUUGCUUUGGAUCUUGUGAUUUGCUAAAAGAUCAUUUUUCAGGACUCAAGAAAAAUGUCGAGUUGGGAGAUUUCGACAGGACUGGGGAUACAUAUGACAUUUCUGAAGCUGAAAAUGACCUGCUUUUGCGGGACACCGUCUCAGAACACAUGGCGAUGCUGUAUGAUAAGUACAAGAGAACAGGUUUUCAGUUCAGGGAUGGGAAUACAGUUCGGAGUUUUAAAGCUAAGUGGGGCACCAUUAGAGAUAAGCAACUGCAAAUCUUUAACCUGACCUCCCUAACGAAAUCAGAAGACAUUCUCUCUGCCACAUUACAUUACUAUAUAGGAGACUUGCUGAACACAAGCCGGAGGUGUGCAAGACCCAUGAGCUGUGGUCGCCAUAGCCCCAGAAAACGAGCCCACAUCCAUCUUGCCGUCUGGAGUUUUUCUUCUGUGGCCAACAACACCAGGACUCUGGGGCACUUCCUUAUCAAUGUCUCCACUGUCUAUCGAAACUUCCUGUCAUGGCAGUGGAAGGACAUUACACGUGUCCUGAACGAAGCCAAGCACAAGGACGAGCUUCUGAUCGGGAUUGAGAUCACCUUGCAAGGAAGCAGGCCCUGGAAAAAGCUGCUUUCUAAGCGCUCCCCAUACAUUCUGGUGUACGCAAAUGACUCUGCAAUCUCAGAAUCAGAAGCUGUAGCGUCAACACUGCCAAGACGAGGGCGGUCCCUGGCCCCCGGCCUCCACAAGCUGGGAGUGCACACACGAAACAGCACCGAUGAGCGGAGGAGCAAGCGAUCCGCUAACAUCCUCUUCCCACUGCAGAACAACGAGCUGCCAGGGGCAGAGUUCCAGUUCAACGAGGCCCAGGCCUGGGGAGAGAGGAAUCCGUACAAAACACUGGAGACUCGCCCAGCAGAACGACAGAGGAACAAAAAGAAACAGCGAAAGAGCAAUCGGCACAAGGUGCAGACCCUCCAGUUUGAUGAACAGACUUUGAAAAAGGCUCGACGGAAGCAGUGGAACGAGCCACGGAAUUGUGCCCGCAGGUACCUGAAGGUGGAUUUUGCUGACAUUGGCUGGAGCGAGUGGAUUAUUUCCCCGAAGUCUUUUGAUGCCUACUACUGCUCUGGGUCCUGCCAGUUUCCCAUGCCUAAGUCUUUAAAGCCGUCGAACCACGCCACCAUCCAGAGCAUCGUGAGAGCAGUGGGUGUGGUUCCUGGGAUACCGGAGCCCUGCUGCGUGCCUGAACGCAUGUCCUCCCUCACUAUAUUAUUCUUUGACGAGAGCAAGAACGUGGUCCUCAAGGUCUACCCCAACAUGACUGUGGAGUCGUGUGCCUGCAGAUAACAACAUGGAGACAUUCACUUCAAUUAUUCCUCCACUUUGGAUUUUUUUUUUUUUGCACUGGAAGAUAAAUUCUGAUCAAAAGUGAAGAGUUCCAGUUUUGGUUACUUUUUUAAGCUCCAACGAUUAUGAAAUUGGAUAGGCGGACACAAAGAUCCUUUUAUACACAAACAUGGACAGCAUCGUAACAGUUGAUGCUCUACACUGUCGAUUUAACGACUGAAUGACUAACUGAUGAGGCAGUUCUGAAACCAGUUUCUACAGUAAAGAUGAAAGAUAACUAGUACCUAAUAGAGGGGAGAAUGUUUUAAAGAACCGUAUAUGAAGCCCCUAACUGCCCUGAAUCAGAAAUAUGAUGGCCUCAUGAACUCCUGCUGGACAAACCUUUUCUUUUUUGUUUAUCAAGGUGCCCUUUCUAUUGUACAGUAUCACCAUAAAGUAUCAAUAUAGUAUCUCUUAAAAAAAAAAACACAUUACUGCAGUCAGAAAUCAUUUUCUUAGGGAAGAGGGGUGUAUAGACAUUUUUAUGGCUGUUAUCGAGUUCUAUUCAAAACCAAAAUAUAAUCAGAUGUAAUUUUAGUUGAAACCAGAUUAAAGUUUAGUAACUGGCAUCAUAAUGCAGUUUAUUAUUAUUUAUAACUUCAAUAAUUUGUCUUUCAUUCAUUGUCACAUAUCAGCGCUGUGUAAUCAGCUAGAUUCACCUAAUGUGCACACGCUACACAUAGAAAUGAUUCCAACCCUCGUGUUUCUGUGAUACACCCUGUAAAUGUACCAAUCAUUUAUUUCUUACAUGUCCGAUAUGCAGUAUUGGUUCUGUCUUUUUCUGUAUAUUUUUUAUCAGUGCUUUUGAGAAAAGUCCUGUCUGAUGAUAUGUUGCUUCAGUAUUUGCAUAUCCUCCUAUGUAACACUACUUGCUCUCCAGCGUCUGACCUAAAAGUGUUAAGGAGAUGGUUCAUCUGUCUACUUACCAAAUUAAUGAACAUGUAAAAUGCAAAGGGUGUUGGGGGGCGGGGUCACCAGCUACGCCAGAAAGGGAGCAGUUGAUUGGCUAUAGGCUUUUGGGAAUGUGUCUGUCAAAUUGUUGCCUGUUAUAUUUUAUUCCUGAAAUCAAAGCAGGUUGAAGGAUUUUACAAACUUAACCAAGGAGUUCGAUUUUGCUGUAUUUACAGGAUCAGUAAAGCAUGAUAAUAAAGUGUGCAGCAAAAAAAACCAAACCCAUUUGAGGACAGCUAAAUUACGUUGUUACUUAAAACAUUCAUCAUAUUUACGAGGUGUAAAAAAAAAAAAAAAAAAACUUUGAAAUUGCAGUAUUCCUUUAAACAAACCCAUCAGGUGUUUUUUACUGUACCAUAUUAUACAAUUAAAACAGUCGGCACUGUACUUGUGGUACCCAUUUAAUCUCGGGCAUUCAAAGUGAUGUAUGUUGCCCAAAUUUGACCAGAAAGCAUAAUUUUAAGCACUAAGCUAUUGCAGAGCCCAUGAACAAACAGGAUACAAAUUGGGCCAGUAUGUUUUAAAUGUACUUAAUAUAUGUAUAUAUUUUUUAUAAAUGCAUUUAUUCUUGGUAUAAAAUAUUACUUACAAUAAUGUAAGUUUCUUUUCUGUUUAUUAAAAUGAAAUCAGUACUGUGUUUCUACUACAAACUUUCAGUGCUGUGAAAGAAUACAUUAUCCAGUUGGAUUUAAUGAUUCUGCAAGCAUAAUAUUUUUAAAUGUAUAUUUACAAUGCAAACUUUAGACCACAAUCCAUUUUAAAAAUACAAUUAACUAGCAAUGCAUCUGAAAAUAAUAAAUGAUACACCAUGAGAAGAUGCACAGUAUCUCCAAUAUGCUCCUCUUGAAUCUGCUGGUGUACAGUUAGCAGCAGUCACCGGUCAUGUGACAGCUACUAUAAUCAACAAUUUGGGUGUUACGCAGUAAAGACUCAUUCAUACUUUAAUGUCUGCUUCGUCACAAUAUUUUUAAAGGUGUCAAGUGUCAUGUUUAAUAUGUAAGGGGACAAAAAAUGAUUCAAUUGUGACAUACAAUAUUAGGUGUACACAGACAUCUCAUUCCCUGCUCAUCUUUAGCAAUAGAUAAGAGGAGUUUUUUGUAAGUAAAGUGUAUUUAAUGGCACAUUUAGGAAUAUAUCACCUUAAAAACAAUAAUCAAAGACUGUUAGUGUAUUUGAAAAUGACUAUGGAUUAUGAAAAGUUUAUAAGCUGCUGUAAUGUUUUAGUAUUUUUUUUUUUCUUUCUCUCUGGUUUAUUCACACCCAGUUGUCUUUCUGCAUCAAGCUACCUAGGACAUUGAGCAGGGCACUCAGAACAGUACAGUAGAAAUAUCUGAGAGACUUGGUGAUUUACCGUGUUCUGUUUCUUGUGCAUGUUAAUAACAUAUAUUUGAACACUUGUUGACUCCAUUGACGUGCAUCUGUUUUUUUUUGUUUUGUUUUGUUUUUUAAUUUGUGUAAAUACUCACAGUACAUACGUAAGUUAAACAGUUUCUACCAACACAAAAAUACAUGUAUUUUGUUUAUGUGGUUAUUUAACCCUUAAUGUAAAAGUGUUGUUCACCUGUACGUCUACGGUAACUGUGAGUCUUUUUCCAUUGGCUUUGCUGCUUUUGUUUGUCAUGGGCAAUCUCAAUACGACCCACCCUGAUUAAAGGUAUUGUUCCUUUCUGGGCCUGUUUACCAUAGGAAAUAUUUGAGCUGGCUCAGAGCAGACUUCAGCUGCUCUAUCUCCCACUCUGCUACUAGCCAAUGCACAAUCAAUAAAUAUACAGAAUGAAGUCAGUAAACCAAAUAUUUGAAAACGGUUUCACAGAUAACUAGGUACUAUAGAUAUGUAUAUUGUUCCUGUAUAUACUUUUAAAUUUAUGUUCACAUCUUUUAAGAACGAUCUCACUUAAUAAAAGAACAUUUUAAACAACAAUCUUUUACAUAUUUGUUUUUACUGUUUUAUUUAUUUUUAGAUUAUGUUUUUGUGUUUUGUGACACACUACUAGGAUUACUCAACUCAAUGCCAGUUUUCAACUCUUUAGGUUUUUUUUUUUAAUAAGUGUACCGGUAUUAAAGUUUUUGUUUGUUUUGUUUUGUUUUUAAUAUUAAGCCUGCGAUGAGAGUUUAUGUGUGAACAAUGUACUCACAGGUUAUUAUUUGAUUUGAAUAUUGGAAUAAUAAACAAUAUAUUUCAUGCUUGUUCCAGUAAAAGCCUUGUAUCCCAAUUUCUUGCCAGUGAAGUCUGAACUAUAAACUAUUAUAUGUUUUGAAAACAGUUGUGAAGUUUAGCUAUAUUAUUAAAAUAUUG